GGCGGAGCUAUCUCCAUGGCAACCCGCGCGCAGCCCAGGCAGCUUGGCCGGGCGGGAAGUGCGGGAGCUGAGACGCUGGCUACAGGCGGGGCUGCGAGCGCCGAGGGGCCCGGGCGGCCUGGGCCGCUGCAGGACGAGACCCUGGGCGUGGCGUCGGUGCCCUCGCAGUGGAGGGGCGCCCAGGGCAUCCGCCGGGAGACGAGAAGUUGCCAGACAGCAAGCAUUGCCACCGCCGACAAGGCCGCGCAGACCCGGAAGCAUGUGGAUGCCGAGGUGCAGACGGAGGCCCCGGUGCUUGUCAGCGCGCCGUCCGUGUCCGCACACGACGACCCCCGGCUCGCAGCCUUUCUUCGGAGGGUGGAGGCCAUGGUUAUUCGAGAGCUGAACAAGAACUGGCAGAGCCACGCUUUUGAUGGCUUCGAGGUGAACUGGACCGAGCAGCAGCCGAUGGUGACCUGUCUGCACACCCUGGGCUACCCCCCAGCCCAGAGGCAGGGUCUGCACGUGACCAGUGUCUCCUGGAACACCACCGGCUCUGUGGUGGCCUGUGCCUACGGCCGGCUGGACGACGGGGACUGGGGCACACUCAAGUCCUUCGUGUGUGCCUGGAACCUGGACAGGCGAGGCUUGAACUCCCGGCAGCCGUCGGCCGUGGUGGAGGUGCCCAGCGCCGUCAUGUGCCUGGCCUUCCACCCCACGCAGCCGUCCCACGUCGCAGGUGGGCUGUUCAGCGGCGAGGUGCUCGUGUGGGACAUUAGCCAUCCCGAGGACCCGCUGCUCUGGCGAACGGGCCUGACUGACGACACACACACAGACCCCGUGUACCAGGUGCUUUGGCGGCCCGAGCCCCGGCACGGCCACCGCUUCCAGGUGCUGAGCGUGGCCACGGACGGGAGGGUGCUGCUCUGGCAGGGCGUCGGCGCGGGCCGGCUGCAGCUGACCGAGGGCUUCGCCCUGGCCGUGCAGCAGCUCCCGAGGCACACCAGGCUGAAGAAGCCUCCCCGGGGAGAGACCGAGGUGGGUGCCACGGCGGUGGCCUUCUCCAGCUUUGACCCCAGCCUUUUUGUUCUGGGCACGGAAGGCGGCUUCCCACUCCAGUGCUCGCUGGCCGCGGAAGAGGCCGCCCUCACCCGGACGCCUAGCUCUGUGCCCCUGCGGGCCCCGGCACAGCUGACCUUCUCCCCCCACGGUGGCCCCAUCUACUCCGUGAGCUGUUCCCCCUUCCACAGGAAUCUCUUCCUGAGCGCGGGGACCGACGGCCACAUCCACCUGUACUCCACGUUGCAGGCCCAGCCCCUGGCCUCGCUGCAGCUGUCCCACAAGUACCUGUUUGCCGUGCGCUGGUCCCCAGUGCGCCCUUUGGUGUUUGCAGCUGCUUCGGGGGAAGGUGAUGUGCAGCUGUUUGAUCUCCAGAAAAGCUCCCAGAAACCCACGGUUUCAAUCAAGCAAACCCAGGAUGCAAGCCCGGUCUACUGUCUGGAAUUUAAUCGGCAGCAGACUCAGCUCCUGGCUGCUGGUGACGCCGAGGGCACAGUAAAGGUGUGGCAGCUGAGCACUGAGUUCACGGAGCAAGGACCCCGGGAGUCCGAGGACUUGGCACGGCUCGCAGCCGAGGUGGCCACCUGAGGACAGUGAAGCGACAGCAGGGCCCUGUGUGUGUGUGUGUGGGGCGGAGUGUCCCCAAAUCGGGGGGCAGGUGGGGUGAGGCCACACCUGUGCCAAGCUGUGGAUGUCUCGUGGAAGCUGAAUGAAGACAACACAAGCGUCUGGGGGAGUGUCAUUUAUUUGUCUUUUACGUGAAAACAAUGGAGCGGGGCGAACAGGAAAGGAGCCAGCCAGCUGCUGCGAUUUCUCGAGCCGGAAUGGGGCCGCUGGCUUCACAACAGGAAUCCGGGUCCCCAGAGCAACAGGGCAAGUGCCACUGGACUGGGAGUGGCUUAGUGAAGCAUCCUUUCUACUAAGUCUUAUCCCCAAGCUAAGUGGACAUAAGCUUACAGUGAAGAGUGACACGAAUACGUGGGCACGGAGAGGAGGUGACAUGCAGCAAGGCGACGGCAGGGCAAGCAGCGCGGUCCAGGCGAGGCGGGGGGCGGGAUCAGUUCACGAAGAGCGAGCGGGUGAACUCCACGUAGUCGAAGGCAGUGGGGAGUUCGCGGCCCUUGCUGUCCACGUAGGGCUUCAUGUGGGAGACGCAGUAGUCGGCUUGUUCCCGAGUCAGGUUCUGGAGGGAAGAGGCCGCCCGUCAGCCCAGCCCCGCUGGCCCCGGGGUCGGGGGGCGCAGCAGGAACGCCUGGGCCCCAGCCUCAGGGAGAGCGGGACGUUCUCCGAGGGGCCGCGGACAGGGAGUCAGCGCUGAAUGGGGAGGAAACGCCUGCCCCCAACCGAGCGCUCCAAACGGAGGUCUGACACGCUCGACCGUUGUGCCCCUGGGCGACCUCGGCCUUUACUUUUCAAAGGAAACCUCCAGCCCCAUCCCCAGGGCAGGGGAGCAGAGCCCCGGACCUGGUACAGCUCCUCCUUGGUCACGUAGGGCUUUCCCUCGGAGCUCAGGGCCCGGAAGGCGCUCUCGAUCUCCUCGCUGGAUUUGACGUUCUCCGUUUCACGGCUGAUCAUGAAGGCCAUGUACUCUUGCAGGGAGACGUGGCCGUCCCUGGAGGGGGGCAGGCGCGGUGAGCCGGGAGGAUGCGGCAGGAUGCGGAGGCAGAGCCGCCCCCACUACCCUCCCUCCAGCUCACCUGUUUGGAUCCACGGUGUCUAGGAUUGCCUCGAACUCGGGGUCGGGCUCCCCUUCCUCCACCAUGGGCAGGUCAUAACCCAGGGAGCGCAGGCAGGACUUGAACUCCUGGUGGUUCAGCCGGCCCGACUUGUCCUUGUCGAAGUGUCUGCCGCACAAUCGGAGAGCUGCUCAGCCCGGGUCCCGGCGCCAAGCCCGCCGCCCCUGUGCCCGGGGAGGCCAUACUCACUUAAACAUCAUGCUGAAUUCCUUGAGGGCCUCCUCAGUCACUCCGGUUGUGUUCCUAGAAGAACAGGAUGGAGUGAGCAGGUGGCACACUGUUCCAUCCCAGCAGAGUGAGUGCGGGACGCUGGGGGGCGCAGGGGCAGGGGCUGCCAUGCCGGGGGCACGGACCUGGCCUGGAUCUGCUGCUCCAGGUUGUGCUGCAUGCGCAUGCCCAGCUGGUCGAGCUGGUCCCACUGCUGGGCCAGGCCCACGGUGCUGUGCUCCGUGUACUUGUUGUCCAGGAUCAGGGCCUCCUCCAUGGCCGCCCCCAGGUCCUCAAUCUUCUUGAGCUGACUUCUCAUGGCUCGAAUCUCCUGGUGCUUGCGCUACGGGCGGGGGAGCGAGGGUGUAGGGGACAGUCUCUCGCCUCGGUCACCGGCCCCGAGCGCCCGUUUGAGAGCCCUCCCGGCCCGAGGCCUGCGGGGCUGCGCAGGACGGCGGGAGGGGCGAGCCGGGGGCAGACUGCCAGCAAGACUAUACACUAAGGACCAAAGGACCCUCUUUUUCAAGUAAGACGCCACGUGGCAACUGUCAGAGGCAAAAGACUUUCUUUAAAAUGAUGGGGUCCUGUGCUGCUUUAUGCAAAGUGAAAAAGAGCACCCACCCAGCCUACUUCCUGCCUGACUUUAAACCAAGGGGGCGCUUACUUUGGUAGCUUCGAGCUGGGAUUCCAAGGUCCCAGAUUCUUCCACCAUGCAGGACCUAAACACAGAAGCACAGUGAGGCAGGAGGGCCUGAUCUGAGCUCAAAAUUAGCCCCAGAUAACAGUGCCUGCUGUCUUGGAAUUCUUCUUCUGAAUCUCUCUCAUCGAGGCAAUGGCCGCUAUCUGCUACUGGCUGGCUUUUCCUAAGUGGCCCCGGGAGCCGGGAGGGCGGGCAGUCUUUGUCCUGCCGUGGAGACAGGACGCCGCCGCCCCACGUGGUGGGCUACGUGCCCCGGGCCAACUGGGGGGCCUGGGCCGAGCCCCACCCAGCCUGCUCCCAGGCCAGGACCCUCUCUCAUGGGGCUCCUCCGGCCCAGCCAGGCUGGGACCUGGCCCCUCACUCAAGCGAGGCCCUCAAGGGCACCUGAGGAACAGAGUGGAAGCUGCUCCACGGCAUGACAGAGGGGCCUCGGGCCCAACAGCACGCCCCGCUGCAGCCACUGGGGAGAAAGGCUGACAAAUGGAGAGCCAACCCCAGAAAUCCCUGGGGUCUCCUGCACGUUCCUGAGGAGGGGAGCCACAUUCUAGGGUGUGACGGCCGUGGAGGAGACGCAGUCAGAUGACCCCUCAGACACGGAGCCAGGAUGCUAAGAGAUCAUGACCAGACUGGGUUUUAAAAGUGACUCUAAUUCUGCCUAAAGGAGGGAGGCGGCUGCAAUUAAGCCCCAGAUUCAGGCUCCACGAGACCCUCCGGGCCAGGGGCUCCCAGGGCCAAGUUCCGAAGAGCAGGGGUGCCCCAGGGGAGCCUCCAUCUUCCCGACAUUACACAGUGUGAAGUCACAGAAGGCCACCAGUGAACGAAGACAACAAACGAGUCGGGGUUACGUGCAGGGAUGAGUCACACUGUGCGCGUGUCCUUGGUGGGAUUUUAGCCCGGCCUCCCCUGCACCCACGGGUGCCCCAACCUACCCUCUCAGCACCCAGCGAGCCAGGGUUAGCUCUGACGUUUCCCCAAGUUCAAAGUGCUUGAGCAAGGCCAGGCACCAGGCUUCCUUGUAACCCAGCAGAUCAGACUCACAGUCACGCCAUGUCCCCCAAGGAAAAGCAACCCCCUCCCCCAGACCCGGGGCCAGGAGGCUGGGUGCCAGGGCAGUGGGAGGAGGACAGAGCCCUCCUUCCCAAGCGGCCGAGGGCGGUGGGUUAGUCAGAAAGCGGAGCCGCCUGGGGAAGUCAAGAGUGCAUUGGUAAAACCACAGUGAGGGAAGAAGAGAAAUAAGAGGAGAAAAACCUUCCAGACAGAUCAUCCCCAACUUCAUACUGAUAGACACGAAUGACCCGACGAUACGCUAUGCUAGUCAAAGAAAAGAAACCAAAUGAAUACACGGAAGGCACGGGCAGGCAAGAGCAGACCGAGACAGACACGCGCCCAAGGCCCAAGCUGGUGGUGCACAGGCAGGGCCACCUGGCGCCCAGGCAGGGACCUGGUGGGGCUGGGCCGCCGGCCGCAGGGAGCACAGCGGCCCCGGGGCAGCGCACACUGGGGCCAAGCAAGACGGGACAGGGCUAGGGAGGAGCCACCCGGGAGGGAGCAUGGCACCCACGGCGACAAGACCAGAUCGGCAGACACAGCCACAGGGCUGGGGAGGGGAGUGGAGGCCAGCUGGCUAAUCAACUCCAGCUAGAAACUGUGAUCCCUAAAUCCUACCCCCCCCCGCCCCCGCCAGGCUGCUUUCAGCACAGGUGGUCACGUCAGCGCGCGCCUGUUUCUCCUGGUGCCACGCUCAGCUGUCCCAACUACCCGUCUGCGGGACCCCAGGAGCGCUAGUCUCAGCCACUGAGGUUCCCCCCCGCCCCCGGCUUUACACGGGCCUGGGAGAGGCCAAAGCCUCGAGGAGGGGCCGCUCCCAGGACUGGACUGGGCAGGGCCGCCCUGCUCCUCCCGGGGGGCUCCUCCCCAGCCUCGUCUCUCCAUCGCUCUAAACUGCAGGCACUUCUGCCAUUAGUACAAACGAUGCUCUUCCCCUUCCCCUGGGAACACGGGGGGAGGGGUGCGCCUGGGGGGGGUGUCAGUGCACAGCUGGGAACUCACUGCACCCGCUGAAUCUCCUCUCCAUGACCAUGACCUCCUAGGAGCUAAGGAUGGUCCCACUGGACACACGGGGAAAAGAGGCAGAAGAGAGAUCCAGCGAAUCCCAAUGGCUGGACAGCGUGGGGUUUCUCAGAGGCUCUGGACUCUAGCUCUGGUCCUCUGCCUUGGUCACAUCCCCUACCUGAGAGAACCCUUGGAAUCUGAACAGGAAGGUGGGAGGGGCUCCCCUCCCCAGACCUCAGGCUGUCAAGGGCUGUCAAGGGCUGUCAAGGACACGCACUCCUUGUAGGGUGAUGGGGACGGAGCUGGGGUGAGGGUGGGCCGGGGGAAGUGCAGCCCGCCUGGGGCAGGAAGGCCCAUCCUGGGAUCCUCUGCAAGCCAGGCCACAGGGGGACAGAGGGCAGGGGGACAAGCACACGAGACACCACCACACCAGGAGCCCGGAGGAACAAGAAGACAAUAUUAACCCAUCGAGGAGAUACGUUCUGUGCAGAUGGGAUCCAAGCAGCCGCAAGACAAGGUGGCGUCCAGACAGCAGCAGUCGGGAGGUGGGGGACAGAGAGAGACACAAGAAAGAAAAGACAAAACCAAGAACAUCAGUACCACUGCAUUCGACUCUGUUCUGUGUAUCACCGAGGCGCUGCCUAGGACUGACCACCGGCCGCGCACGGUCCCACCCAAUGCGGCACACCUAGCAACUUGACCUUCAGGAAAAGUACCUUCGAGAACUGCCCCCCACCCCCCACCCGCCACCCGCCCUAGCUCGAGCCAGACCAGGGUGGGCCCCUAACCCUGCUUUCCUUCCUGCGAGCGUGACUUCCAGUUUCCCGCAGAGCUCCCCUCCCGCUCGAGCCGGGGGCCCGGGGGCGCCGGGGGUGCGGGCGGACACCUGGUCUCCUGGAUCCACUGGUGGAACGCGUUGGCAUGCUGGGCGAACUCCUGGCGCAGCUUGUCGUUCUCCUCCUGCCGGCGCUGCUCCUUCUGCAGCUCCAGCUCCCGUUCCUAGCGCCCAGAGGGAGGAGAGGCCGUCAGCGGGCCCGUCCUUCCUGCCGGCCUGCCCUCGGGGCGGACUAGACGCCCUACAGCUUCAGUUUCUGGAUGCUGAACAUGACCAGAAACCAUCGCUUUGUGGGGGAGAACCAGAUGUUGACAUCAACCCAAAGGAGGAGCCUGGGAGACACUCGGGGAGCUCAGAACCCUGUUCCCCGGCUGCUCACAACUGGCCCCCCAAGAACUCUGGCAAGAGGCGAGGGGAAGCGGCUGACCGACAGCCUGCUGUGGGCUGCCGGCCGCCACCCCGUCCAAGCCCCCUGGCCCCUGAGCCCCGGCUGACGGCCCUGGGUUGGGGCGGCGCGCACCUUGAUGAUCUUCUGCAGGUUCCUCCACGUCUCCUCCAGGGCCUCCAUGGUGAACCAGGUGUAGGGGUUGGAGGCCACCCGGAAGCUCUUGAUCUGGCGGUCCAGCUCGGCCAGCUGGCUGAAGUCGGCCUGGGCAGAGCUGAGGGACGAGCGGAAGGCGUCGUGGGCCUCGCGCAAAGCUCUGAUCUCCUCCAGGGAGUUGCAACGCACGGGAUCGGUCAGAUCCUCUUCGGCGUUUUCGAACCAGCUGUUGAAGGCAGAGGCCUUUUUGGCGAACGUCAGGAAGAGGUCUUCCACCUGAAAGCAGAGCAGCCUGCAUCAGGGCAUCAUCAGGACGCCGUCAGGGCCGCGAGGCAGGAUAGGAAAGGCAGCGGUCGUUCCCGGGGCGGCCGGGGCAAGCCGGGGUGCUCCCACUUCCAUGUCUCAAAAGGCCUCUGACUUUCUUCCCUCGCUACCCUUUCCCCUCAGUCCGUCCCGGCCGCUUCGUUGGCCAAGGGCCCGCGGCUGGCUGCCGGCAGACUCCCCGCAGCCGGGCCGGGGAGCUGCGCAGGGGCCCAGCCUCACCUUGCGGAAGUGACUCUGGGCCUCCAGCAGCUUCUUCUUGCGGGUGGCCGAGUUGGCCAGAAGCUGGCUCCAUCGCUUCAUGAGGGAGGCGUGCCGGGCCUCAAUGGCCUUUGACUGAACGUGCUUGGCGGCCAGCAGCUGAUCUUUGAGGGCGGUGAUGUUGGCGAUGCCCUCCUGCUGGAAGGCCUGCAGGCCAGCGUCAAAGGUUUCCUGGAACAAAGAGCGGUGUGCCAAUCUGCAGGGUCGCCGGGGAGGCUAGAAGCCACCCUUUCGGGGUGCCUCGGCUCGACGGCACCGGGGUCUGUUCAGCCAGCUGCCCAGGCCACACUGUCAGUCCCGAGUCCCCACCUUCUCCUGACAUCCUCCUGCCCACCCCGGGCAGACUGAGGUAUGGGGGGUCCCCUAAGUGCACCCCACUCUCCCCACUACCUCUGCCCGGGACGAACGCCUGCCUCCCCCCCGACCACCUGCAGUUUGCCCUUCAUGCCCCAGCUUAGAUGCCCCUCCUCUGGGAAGACUUCCCACAUCAGCCCCUGCUUGCUGGAAACCGAGUCAGACAGCUCUUGGGGGUUAAAUCCACAACACAUUCUGCUGCGCUCCACCCUGGGGGUGCCGUCAGCCUGUAGCCCAGAUGCCUCGUCUGGAAGCUCCUCGAGGACCAGAACGACCUUGCUCACUGCCGAGCCCUUAGGGCCUUUCUCAGGGACAGACGCCGACCACCAUUCAUGUACCAGGACGUACUAUCUGCAUACAUUUCAGUCAACGAACGGGCCGCGCCUGACCUGUUUGGUAAGGAGAGUCUGGACGGAAGACAGGUCUCGGCCAUAAUCAUCUGUCUUCAGGCUGUUCUCCUUUUCACCUAGGAAACCAAGCAUGGGAAACAGGCCGGCCUUCUUGGUACAGUGAAGGGAAUUAAGAGUCCCCUUUGUCCUCAGUAUUCAAGAGGGCCUCCCGGGCAGCCUAUCACCCUGCUGACGUUUACAUCCCAGACUCUACCAGCAGGCUCUGACCCCAUGUGGGCUACUCUUUCCUCCCUGCAGCCCGGGCCCCCUUGGCUAGCUGUGACAGAAAGAGAUCCUUCCAGCUCAUCCCAGCUGUGGUUCAACUGCCAUGCAUGUGACAGCAAUCACCAGGGCCAGAGGGGUCCCAAAAUCAGAGUGUAGCUCCCCCUCGCUCGGGAGCCAGACCGCGCCCUGGGCAGCCAGGAGACAGCUCGUGAUGCUGACUUCUUCCGGGGUUUAAAGAUUUUUGUUUUGUUAACCCUGGUGCUGGCCCAGUGCCGGGCACCAUGGGGGCCCCCACUCUUGGCCGCAGGACAUGGUUUCUCGUUCUCUGAAAUGCCCACGUUAGAUCCGUUUCUUCUCUGGAGAAGACCAACUGCUUAGGUAAUAAACGAGCUACGGCUCUGGAACAAUCUUCCUGGCCUGGGGAGAAGAGACUGGGGCCGGGCCGGGCGGGACAGCGCUCACCGAUCCAGGACUCGACCACGUCAGCCUUCCAGUUGAACUGAAGGAAGGCCGAGUUCUCCUCAAGCUUGGCCUUCCUCUGGGCGGCAGCUUUCUCCAAGUCUGACACCUUCCCAUUCAAGCCCUUCAUCUUUGAAGAGAUGUUCUCCUCAUGGUGAUUGUUCUAGGCCACAAAGAGAAAGCAUAGUCUGGUCAGCCUCACCUCCUGCCGUGGCUAGAUGACCCAUGGCCUCCCUGCCGGGGAAGGCGCACCAGCGCUGGAAGGCGGACCCUGCGCCCCCGGCCCGCCACCCGCCGCUGGGCGAAGCACAGGUAGGGCCUUCCUAACGGCAACACGAGUAAAAGCCUUGAAAGGAUGAAUGCUGGCAAUUUCACUGAUAGGAAUGAAUCCUGAAGAUAGGAGGAAUGAGCUGAAACGUCACAAUGAUGUACUCGUUAGUUAAGACUUAAACAAAAUGUGAUAUAUACGAACACUGGCUCCUAAUAUAAACAAUAAACACAAUGGGUCAGAAAGCGGACACUGAAAAUUCUUAAGCCCCAGACACUCGGAUUCGGUCUUGGAAUAACUGAAUUUGAAAACACACAAGGCAGCAUGAAAUUGAGAGAGAAACUCGAGGAGGAACAGACUGUUGCUGACGGUAAAGCACCAGGCUUUGUUGGAAAGCUGCAGAAUACUCAGACCAGUCACCGCAGAGGUAGAAAGAGCAGAGACCGUGACACAGGGCUGCAUGUGGGUGACGAUCGGACACAGGCCUCAUCUCUGCCGGUACACGGUCUGGACCGGAAAUCAGCUGGAUGUUAGUUUAUUUGCCCAUGAGGGCAAGGGGAAAAAAAGCUCUCUAGUGAACACGGAUUUGAACAUACUUGUUAACUCCUAUGAACCAAAUCUCUAGUCUCAAGGCCAUGCUUACUAGAGCAAAUCCCAUGAUGAGAAAUCUUAUCUACUAGUUAUAUUUCCAACAGGAAAUUAUCACUGUGAAAAAUUGCUUGUUGGGGCGCCUGGGUGGCUCAGUCAUUAAGCGUCUGCCUUCAGCUCAGGUCAUGAUCCCAGGGUCCUGGGAUCGAGCCCCACGUCGGGCUCCCUGCUCAGCGGGGAGACUGCUUCUCCCUCUCCCACUCCCCCUGCUUGUGCUGUCAAAUAAAUAAAUAAAACCUUAAAAAAAAAAAAAAGUUGCUUGUCUUGGGGACACCUGGGUGGCUCAGUCAGUUAACCGUCUGCCUUCGGCUCAGGUAAUGAUCCCAGGGUCCUGGGAUCGAUGCUCAGUGGGGAGUCUGCUUCUCCCUCUCCCUCUGCCCCUCCCCACCACUCCUGCUCUCUCCGUGUCAAAUAAAUAAAAUCUUUUAAAAAGUU